AUGGCUGGAAGCACAAACACGCUCAACUCUGACAAUGUAGUAGCUCUCGCUGCGAGGGCUCUUAGGGGAGACAAUGACGGUCCGCUUAGCCUCAGAACACCCUACGAGGCUAUUGCGCUCAUCGGCCAUGCUUGUAUGAAGGCAGUCGACUUCAGGCUUCUCGGGCUCGGAGAGGAGCACAAUAUAGCAGAAAGCUCGACCGAAAACCAGACUUUACCCGCAGAGUGGAAUGCUAACGAUACAUAUUCAUUUCGCUAUGCUCAUUCACAAUCCUCCAUGCAGUUCUUGCUGAAGAUCAGUCGAUUGGGGAAUAAUGCCGUUGUCCUCGCCUUGGCCUUAGGCGAUGACAAAACCUCUUCUUUUGAUCUGCCAGUUAAGGACUACAUUUCCCAGUCCGCCCUUCCCGUCACUUCCACGGACAACUUGACGGAGACCCUAAGAGAGGUGUUCAUUUCCGAAGCGCGGCUGAAUGACUUGAUUGGGCUGUUUAAAAUGAACGUGAUUCUGAAGCUAGCUCCUGGCCUGUACAAGGAAGGAUACGAAGACACCAACCAAGCCAUACGGGCAAGGCAACAAGAAAGGCCACCUCAAUACGAUCCCUUAAGGGACGAUACACUACCUCAGCCUGCACGCCCUUAUCCAUUCGAUGAUCCCCUGGCAGCAGGUCCUCGUCGACCGGCGCCCCCAGGCGAUUUUGCUCCCCCGGGAUUUGAAGACGAAUAUGAAAUCUACAGACCCCCUCGAGGAUAUCCCCAGGGAAAUGGGGGUCGUAAUCCCUUGAGUAUUGGUGAUAGAGAUUUGUAUCCUGCCGGGCUCGGUCCCAAUGAUCCGAUUCGAGGCGGCGUUGGCCCUGGUCUCGGAGGGGGAGGCAACGGUGGCGGCAUGCACCCAACAUUUGACGACCCCUUGUUCGGUGGUCGCCGAGACGGUGGUUAUAAUCCGCAAGUUCCCCCUGGGUCUCGAUAUGAUCCCGUAGGUCCCGGAGGCACGCCAUUCGGACGAGGACGUGGAGGAGGAUUUGGCGGAGGAUUUGGCGGUGACAUCAUUUAG